GUCACCUUCGCGCCCUCACCCAUCUCGCAUUCCUCUCAAUUUCUUUUUCAUCCUUGUACCCAAACCUUCACCAUGGCCUCGAGCACCAGCGCGAAGGAGGAACUCCUCAAACAGGCGCAGUCCGCUGCGUCCUCCAACCCUCAGCAAGCGGAGACGUUAUUGAAGGAGAUCAUUACGUCGCCCAUCGACCAGUAUGUCGCGGCGGAGGAUAGAGAGAAGCAACUCCGUCUUCAGGAUUCCGCUCUCGUUAAGCUUGCGGAGGUGUACAGGGACCAGAACAAUGCAAAGGGUGUUGCCGACGUGAUCCACCUGGCACGUACGUUUGUCUCAUCAACGGCGAAGGCAAAGACCGCGAAGCUCAUCCGGACAGUGCUGGACUGCUUCAACACGAUACCUGACAGCCAACAAAUCCAGAUCGAUGUCUUGACGGAGAACAUUGAAUGGGCGAAGCGGGAGAAGCGUAUUUUUCUCAAGCACAGCUUGGAGAUCCGGCUGGUUGGACUCCAGUUGGACGCGUCCCAGUAUAAGCCUGCCCUCGCCCUCAUCGACACCCUCCUCACAGAACUCAAGCGUUUAGACGACAAGAUGAUUCUGACAGAAGUGCACCUGCAAGAAAGUAGGGUCUACCGGGGCGUCGGUAACUUGGCUAAGGCGAAGGCUGCCCUCACUUCUGCACGGACUGCUGCCAAUUCAAUAUAUUGCCCACCACACUUGCAAGCACGUCUUGACAUGCAGUCUGGUAUCCUCCAUGCGGAAGACAAGGACUAUACGACCGCAUACUCGUACUUUUUCGAAACGUUCGAGAACCUGAGUACGCAAGGCGACCCAGAUGCUCUCUCGGCACUCAAGUAUAUGUUGCUGUGUAAAAUCAUGCUCAAUUUGCCAGAAGACGUUACAUCGUUGCUUUCAAUCAAGCUGGCAUCGAAAUAUGCACAGUUAAGAGAUGUGGAGAGUAUGCGCGCUAUCGCUCGUGCACAUCAGCAACGAAACCUGGCCGAGUUUGAGAAGGCACUAAAGGACUAUCAACACGAACUAUCCUCCGACCCAACGAUCCGUACACACCUUGCAGAGUUGUAUGACAAGCUCCUUGAGCAGAAUCUCCUCCGGAUCGUUGAGCCGUAUUCUGUGGUUGAGCUGGACUACGUAGCGAAGCAAGUCGAGCAGGGCAGGCAAGCUGUCGAGGUCAAGCUCUCACAGAUGAUCCUGGAUAAGGUCUUCCACGGAGUGCUGGAUCAGGGCCGCGGUUGCCUGAUUGUAUUCAGUGAAUCGGAGGCGGAUAAUACAUAUGGUGCUGCUAUUGACACUCUCGAGCAAGUCGGGAAGGUGGUUGAUUCCCUAUAUGCGAAGGUAAGUACACGCAACUGCUCGCACACGAUAUGCGCUGACCCUGUUUCUGGCAUGGUUCCGGUGUCUUCAUGUAUGCGUUGGUCACGUCGUUGUUGUCGACCACGAUAGACUGUCAAAAUUGCAUAGAUGGUGUAUCAGCCUCGGUAUAUCCCUAC